AAUGCAGAGACAAAGCCAGAGAAGCUCGGAGGUGGAGGUUGCGCGUAUGCGCCCUAUAAGCGCGGCAGGCUAAUAGUCCUAAAGCCCAUCCCCGACACCCUGCAGCCACACACCUGAUUAGCAGUGAGUGUGACAUGGAUGUGAGCUACACGAACGUAUUGGAGGUGUCUCGCCAGUACUUCCAAGGACUGCCAGUGCCAAGUACGGCAGGUGCUAUUACCUUGACGGAGAAUUUAACGACGACGACAUCAACGUCCUUUGAAAAUGGAACAUCGACAACUACCUCCUCCAUCACGACACCUGCGGUGGCAUCGAUGGUCACCACUAGCAAUAAUCGAGAUCAACAGGUGUACUCCGAAACAAAAGCUGAGGAGUCUUCAACCUCUUAUUGGAAUCCAUCCGGGUCAAAUGAACUGCGACCAGUUGAACCUUAUCCCCCUCAACCAACCAAGGUUGAGGUACCAGACACCAGGCCUGAGGAAGCCUCCAUGGAACCAGGAUCUUCCACAUUAACGGAAAUGCUACCGUCCAAACCACGCUCGACGGAACAAAAACAGGAACCAUCAUCGACAGUUCCUGCCACCGAUUCCCAGUUGCACCAAAUGCAACCCCCCAAGUCACAAUCGCCAGCUCCCAUUUAUCAGCAACUAAACAGCGUUGCUAGAAAUUCAUAUCCCUCUGCAGAUCCGCACACGUCCUAUCAGAACGAUCGAUCAACGUCCAGUUCUUCAAUUGCUCAACGCAAUACGGUUCAGUACUACCCAAGAUAUCAUCAUCCGGAUAUACGGAAAAGCGCCCCGGUACCGUUCUCACAGAAUUCAAUGUACCAACCGACGAACACUGCUCCCACAAAUACUGUUCAGUGCAUCAGAAGUUCCAAUGAGCAAGGUCCCAUGUCUGUUCCAACCUCGAGUCACUCUCAACAGGAUCAGCAUCGAGUUCCCCCGUAUUCCCAAACUCAGACUCUAGUGGGAGGCCCUUCUGUUUAUGGAGCGUCACCACAGAAUCAUUACACCAAUACCCAACGACGUUCCACCGAUGGACAUUCCUCUUCGGCAAACACUGCAAACUCGUUGGUAAAUCCACAAUUUACUAGUAAUCCCAUAGCUACUGGUAGUACAAGUCACAUUCCUUCGCCACAUAAUAUUCCGGCGCACAUUCCGUCACCACAUCCACCAUCAAUUUCGCCGUCAGCUCAUCAGCUUUCUAGUCGAAAUGUGCCGCAAACAUAUUCUGCUCGACCGAUUCAAAAUGCAACUAACUACAAUCCACAAUCAUCACACGAAAUUGGUCACCAUACGUCAGCAUCGAGACAUUCACCACAGGUCCCCGUUCUUCAGGCAACACCAUCGCCUAACAAUUUUCAACCACAUUCACCGCCGUAUCCACCACCCUCGAGAUCCACACCGCAGUCCUAUCCGCCUACCUCGCAACAUUAUCAAACAGCCUCAAAUUAUCCCAAUCCCUAUCAAUCUUCAUACCAUUCCUUUCAAAAAACUCUCCCAACGCAACAUUCAAACUAUUAUUCACAAACUGGACGGGUGUAUCCACAGCAGGUGGAAUCGAUACAAAGCGGCUCGACAACAGGCAGCAAUGGGGCGUAUCAAAAUUCGCUAAUCAAACCAACAACGUACAACGGAGCUGAUGUCAAAAGAAACCCUGCCGAAGUCGCCAACUACGGAUCGUACAGGGCCCCGACUCCUGUUCAAAGGCCCGGCAACACGCACAAUCUCCCACCGAUCGGAAAUCUAUCGUUUCAGAACCGAAAUUCAAGGGAUCCGAUCAGUAAGUCGCAAGCGGUACCAAGACAAAGACCGCAAGUGAGUAAACCGAUGGUACCACCAAAUUCGACAAUGCCGGCUCCUAGACGCGUCGCGGAGUAUCCAGUGGGUUCUUCGUCAAUGAACCACGUUCUGCCAAUCAAUGGAAGAACCACGAAUGUAACGACCAGUUACAGUAGGUAUCAAGGCAAUCAAGGAGCGUAUCCAACUUACGCCACAACCGUCGCCCCGAGCCACUACGGCAGUAAUUCUUCCAGUACAACCGUCACCUCGGUCGGAAUGUCGAAUUCAAGACCUUCUGCACCGACUCACUCAGCCAAUCAAUAUCCAUCGUCGGACACUACUGCCAGGACUGCUAACUAUUCCGGAGUACCCAGAACGCAGGAAAAUAUCUACAAAGACUACUAUCCGAAUUCGUCCCGCUAUUCGACGACUCUUCCGAUUACGGCACAACCCCAGAGCAAUGGUCUACCGGUCCGAAAACGAGAGUCCCCUUUGGACUUGUCUGUCAAAACGGUGAAAACAUCCGCUGACUCAACAGCCCAGGACGACGAGGCCAGUAUGGACAAGCACGUGAGUAGCAGCAAUGCAGUGUCUUCCAGAAACGUCAGAAGCAUGUUACCACCUGCCCAACCAUUCGGAUUCGACGCAAGAAACACAAACGGAACCAGAAACAACAUCAGACCCUCAACACCCCACACUGUCUGUGCCCCAAAGGUGGAAUUCUACCCCGACUUCAACUCAACCCCCCUAAGGCACGCUCAACCCAAAAGCGAUAAUUCCCUCCGAAGAAGUCUCUCCCAACAAAUCUACGUUCCCCCCCAACAAAAUACAGUCCCACUGCCUCAUAUGUCGACCUUCAAGAAAUCUUCCCUCCCGUCAGCGCAAUACGACCCAAAGACUCCUCUAUACGACAAAACCACUCCCUACGACAACAAACCAUCUCCCUAUCACUCAAGCGAUCCCGCCCUAGCCAGAUCCUCCCGCUAUCCACCAGCACUAGAUCCCUCGCGAUCAAUUCCCGAUCGGGAAUUCCCCCGACAGGAAGUUCCGUCCGAGUCCAGCAAGUAUUACCUCGACAGCAGAGGGAAGUUCUUCAGCAGUCAAUUAUCAGACAAACUACCCACCAAAAGACCCGCAGAUACCAUCUACGGUGGUCCGAGUCCAAACAAACAACCUCGUGUCGACGCCUGGCGAUUGGCAAUCGACGAGCAGAUACAACAGAAAUUCAUGGCCGCCCGCCACGAGGAACAAAAGCGUCAAGAAAUGAAUGUCGUCCCAAAUGGAACAUACGAUCCUCGACCCGAGAAUAAUCCCUAUUCGUCCGAAUCGGCGCGAUAUCAAGCGUUCUGUGAUAAAAGGAACUAUCAAGACACCAAAGUCCCACGUAGUUCAUCAUCCUCCUAUUCACAAUCAACUCCAAGACCAUCGAACCUCCACUCAUUACCCCAACCAUCCGGGAGUCAAAUCGAUUAUCUCUAUCGUCACAAUCAGCGAAUGCCGUACAAUCCCGAACCGCCGAGUAACACCGGCGCUGAUAAACGGGUAUUGAGUCUGCUUCGCAACAGUUUGGAGAGUAAACAACAACGGGAGGAACAGCUCAACAGUCAACAGAUGGUCAAUCACAGUCAGCAGAGUUUUCAGAAUAAGGUAGUCACACCGGUCGAGCCGAAGACGAACAUUGGACGACAUAAUCUCUCGCCAUUUACUGCCGCGAGUCUGCUUGAACGGAACAGUAACACUCCGCCGCAUUACAAGUUCCACGUGCCGAAAGCCGUCGAUUCUAUUACUCAGGACGGGACAAGAUUGUAUGGAUCCAAAAUGAAUUCGACAGCGAUUAAGGAGACUUCGCUCAGUCCUAGGGGACUUGAGAAUAUGAUCAGGGAUAAGGACGAUGGUUUGGCGGCGAAGAUACGAACAAAGGCUGAAUUGAAACAAGUGGGUACUGGACAGUUUGUUUCGAAACCGCCUGUACUGAUGAUCCACGAUGCUCCAUCAACUCCUAAAGAACUGGAAGGUGCAGCUUCGACGUCAACGCUGCAAACAUCUGGAUCUUCGGUAGGCAGUCCUCCGAAAUUGACUCGUGAAAAGUCCGCGUGCCUACCACCGAGAAGAAGACUCUUCUCACGAACCGAUGAUGAGAAUAUGAUUAUCGCGAAUGUACCUGUAAUUGCCACAGCCUCAACUGUAUCGCCAAGAGCCAGUGGAUUUAGAAGUUCAUCCGAGACUUCGGUAUUCGAUUUUCGUGAGAGCGAUUCCGAGGGCGAAAUGCCUGUUCUCGAGCGUCAAACUCUCGAGGAGAUGCGGAGGGACCGGAAGCAACUCUCUAAAGUACAACCACCUGUUCCCCUAAACGAUGUUAUGCUGGGAAUGACCUCUUCAACGGAUCUCGUUAAAAUUGAAUUGAAGGAGAACGACAAAAUAACCGAAAUGGAUCCAUUUUGGACAGCAACCUGUGAUAAAUUUAUGGAACAAUUGCGAAAUGGUGACUCGGUGAAGAAACGAGGACGCAAGAAGAAGACUGAAUGUACUGCCACAUUAAAAGCGGAAGUCACUACCGAAGAGAGUAUUGAACCAUUGGCGCCCAUCAUCAAACCAGAGGAUAUCAAGCAAGAAGCUCCCGAAUUGGAAGUAAAAGAAAUUCAAGAAUCCAAAAAAGAAAUCCUUUCACCGGUGGAAAUAAAGACUGAACCAAAAGAAGAACAAAAGGAGAAGGAAGAGAAAAAGGAGCAAAAAGAAGAAGAAGAAGAAGAAGUCGAUGAAAAAGUUGAGGAAAAAUUCCCCAGAAUAGAAAUCGAGAAGACAAAGGAGAAGAAUUCCGGUGAUGAUUCCGAUGAAGUACCGCUAAUAAGACGUGCGAAAAAGAAGAAAAAAUUGAAGAAAGAAGACAGCGAUCAAGACGAGGAAAUUGUCUGCAGAAAGAAUCGAGUUCGACGAGGAAGUAGAAUAAAGUUGGAAUCAUCAAGUGGCAGUGAAUCGUCAAGCGAGGAAAGUGACGCAAGCACCGAAUUUGGACAAGGUUCAUCGGUAGCCGAUCGCCUCCGAGCAAGAAAACGUUCGGGAAAAAGUAAAAGCAAUGAGGGUAUGAAAUUACGUUCACGUGGCAAUACACCGCACAAGGGAAAACAGGAAAAGGAAACGACAAAAUCCCCAAAAGGAACGCCUAAUAAAACAAAACCAAAACCAUUAUUCGGCGAUGGCAGCGAUUUCCGCCCCGGCUGGGAAGAAGAGGUUUAUGUCUACAAAAAAUCCCUAAGAAUGCCACCGCGAUUAAUUACCGUCUCGAAACCAACGCGAUUCCAUCGAUUAUCCACUUCCCUGCCGGACUUGGAUCCCGGCUCACCAGCACUUUCCGUCUCGAUGGACUCCACCGACGUGUGUCUCAAUCGAAAGCGCCUAGUCGACAGCGAUUUAGAAUCAAACUGUAGUUUUGGUCUCCUUGGCAGUAAAAUUGACGACGAAGAGGCCACAUCCUCAACGACAAUAUCAUGUCCCCCAAAAACACGUUUCAUCAAAAUGGAAACAAACUCAAUAGUCGAUGUUCUCGCCCAAAAAGUCGGCACAACCAAAACAACGAAAAAGUCAAACAAGGAAAAAGUUGACAAAAGUCCCUUUAAAUUGAAUCGUCGAAGUAAUAAUGAACCGGAACUGUUACCAACGCCAAGUCUCACUCCUCUAUUACCGGAAGAAUCAUCAAAAUCAAAAACCGGCAAGACUCCCAUCAAGAACAAUAAAUCACCAAAACCGAUAAAAGUUUCCGAUUCUUUUCUCCUUGGCUACUUCCGUAAAGAGACUGUCAACAAUUUUCGUAGUACAUUCAAGAACAAUCAUGCACUGCCUAAUGAAUUUUCGACCGUUGUUCUUAAAAGUCGUACACGUACGGAGACGAGAGUACUGAAGAAACAGGCGACAAUUAGAGAGGUGUUUGGUGAGGAUCGUCCAGCAUCGGCGCCACCGAUUAGAAAUCAUGGCGAUACAUCGCAGGAUGAUGAUUCACAGAAUGAAUCGCAGAGUGGAACAAUUGAGAGGUCAAUGACAUUAAAACAAAAAGUUGUCUCACGAUUGAGAAAUGUUGGUAUUCUUGGCAGUAAUAAUAAGGCGAUUAUAAAUUCGAGGAGACAUCUUUUAAUUGCUAAGAGGAAGAAGGAUUUUAUUGAUAAGACAGUGAAGGAGGUGAAGAAGGAAAUUGAGGAUGAUGAUGAGGACGACGAAGAGGAGGAUGAUGAGGAGGAGGAGCAAAAUCGUGAUGAAAUACAGGAGAGGGAGAUAAAUGAGCCUGGAACUGAUAACAAUGAUGAGUCGUUGAAUAAAAAGAAAUUUAGAACUGGACGCAGAAAAUUCCGUUCUGGUUUCGAUUAUAUUCGAAAGAAAAAGAAACCGAUGAAGAAGGACGAUAUUUUGCCGAAAGAGAGAAAAAGGCCAACUAUUACAAAAUCAAAUCCAGAAUGCGUGGCUGAUAUUCAAAAUGAGAUAAGAACUUGGGUUAUAAAGAAAGGAGUUGGCGAAACUAUUUUACAUCGGGCAGCAAGAUUAGGUUACACGGACGUGGCUGCCUUCUGUUUGGAAAAGCUGAAUAAUAUUCCUAGUCCGAAAGACAAUGCCGGAUAUACUCCACUUCAUGAAGCUUGUGCCAAAGGUCACCUUGAAAUUGCUAAACUUCUAUUGGCUUAUGGCGCAAAUGUCAGUGAAAGUGCUAACGGUGGGAUUAGGCCAUUGCACGAAGCAGCAGAAAACGGAUCAGCGGAACUUGUACGAUUAUUAUUAUCAUACGGAGCUGAUCCAUUGUUGGCGACUUACGCCGGACAAACACCUCUGAUGUUGGCAUCAGACACUGAUGCGCACACAAUACUCCAACAACAUUUGAAUGACAUUCAAGGACGAGACUGUGAACCCUGGUCUUUCGGUGGACCAUCAUCAGUCUUUGAUCCCGAAGAAUCGGGCUACAAUCCACUGGAGAAUAUUCCCGUUGAAGCACCAAAGUUAGAAUUGGAAGAAAUUGAAAUGGAAGUAAGUGACAUUAAUUUACCGGCUCUCUUCACAUUAAAUAACGAUCCCGAUAAAUGGAUUCUCCUUCAAGACUUGAUGACUGCAGUGAAAGUUAAAAGUCGUGAUGCACUAUUACGACAAAUUAAUCCAAAAGCACCGAGUGGACCGCCCAAUGUUGCGCAUCGCGACGUUAUGAAGGACAUGAAACUUGGCGAUUUUUUGGAGCAAUCGCGAUGCUGUCAUUUAUUGAGUGGUGGUGAAAAAAUUAAUGUCCGAGGCUCAAAAGUCACAUUAAUCAAGUACAACGAUAAAGUUAAAUCAUUAUUGAAUGUUGAACGAAUUUUAAUAAGCACAAGGUGACAUCAGGUGAGUGGGGAGGAAUCCUCCAUUAAGGAUAAGCCCUCAACUUCAAAUUCACCCCGGAAAAAGACUCUUAAACAAAUUGUUGUUAAAUUAGAGAAUAAUAUUUCCAAUAUUAAGCCCAUUAUUAAGCGAGAGAGAAAAACUAGAUUGCGCCAAGUUUAAGCAUGUGAGUAUUUUAUUUUGUUGAACAUUUUUGACGAUUAAAUAUGAUUGUUUUUUAUUCAUUGAACGAUUGGGAAAAAUCUGUUUUUUAUGAAAAAUUCUUUUUUGAUUAACUAAUCUGCUUUUUUAUUGUUAUAUUUAAACGAAAUUCAAGGAAAAAAAUUGAAUGAGAGAAUUUUUUUUAGAAAUAAUUUUUUUUUUGUGGUGGUUGUUUUUAGUUUGUAAGAGAGAGAAAAAUGUCUCGCAAUAUUAUUCGAUAGAGAGUGCAAUUCGGAUUACAGGAGUAAAAUAGAAAAAAAAAUGUUAUCUAGAAAGUAAGAGUGACGAUAACACAAAGCAGCCAUCUGUGACAUUACAUUAGAGUAUUUACUGGAGAUAUGCAUAUAUAAAUAUAUUAAAUAUAUAUAUGAAUAUAUCCGUAGAAUGAUAUUUUAUUAUCGCGCCUGAAGGCUGGUUUAAAAUGCGGAUUUUAAAAACUAAUGCUUUUUAGAGAGAGAAAACUGCCGCCUACGACAAUAGGAAUAUGCCGAGCGUCUUGGAAAGAAAAAAAAACAUUUUUUUCUUCUUCAAAUCGAAGAAAAAAAUUUUUAACUCUAGAAUCAAUAUGUAAAAUUUUAUUCCACAAUUCAAUUCAAAGACGUUCUGCUUGAGUCAUUUCUAUUUAGUUAAAUUAAUUAAAUUAGUAAUUAAUUUCUUUUUUUUCCUAAAUCUAAAACGUUACCAGUUAGUUUUUAUUAUACGGCUUUUUUCUUCCGAUAACCUCCCCGAAAAAAAAACAAAAAACAAAAGUCUUUCACGUGCGCUGAAAAAUAGCAUUUACAAAUGUUUUGGGAAGUGCAAUUUUUUUGGAAAGAAUACGCAAUUUUUUUUUUCUUUUCUUUUAUUAUUUAGUGGAAAAAAAAUACUCUUUAGUCGACUGAGAUUUAUAAAUAUGUAGGAAAGGAAUUCUUUUUUUCUCACGGAGAAAUGUUUUAUUUGGUUAUACUCUCUGUGUGCAAUACGCGUAUUCGAUCUCUGAUAAAUUUAUUAUUUUCUAAGCUCUAAUGAGAACGCCUUGAAUGACGAUCAUUGAAUCAAAAAAAUAAAAAAGGCGGGAUGGUGAUUAAAAAUUGAAAAAGCAGUGAGAAUCUAUAGCAGCGAAGCUAAAUAUACAAAAAAAUUAAUAAAUAAAUAAAUAAAUAAAUAAAAUUAAGGAAAAAA